CUCAUUUUAGUGAACUACCCUUCUGCACUGCAGUUCAAGGAAUCAUUUGCGGUGGCUUGGCUCAGCUUUACUCUCAGUACAUGCUUGGAGUUGGUCUACGAUGGGAUCGACUUCGUUGGGCAUAUGAGUUCGAUGUCGCGAUGCGAACUAAGAGCGCAUCUGACUUGAGCGGCCUCAGCCGAGAGGAAAAGAAGAAGGCCCAGUGCUCCUUUGAACCAGGCGAAAUCGCUCACAUCGAUGGUGGCGGUGGAAUCACGGCUGCCUUCUACGAAUUCUUGGAUCGUGACAACUUUCCACUGACACCAAUAGAACGGCGAUACAUGCGCAUUCUUAACGACAGCGCUCCCGAUAUUAGCAAAUAUUGCCUUGUCCUCCAACGUCUCAGCGCAGACACAUUCAUUGUGUGCUACAUCGCGUCUUUCGGUGGUGUUGUAUACGGCACCGGCCUGUCUCCAGUAACUCGGUUUUUUUCCAUGGCUAUGGGCGACACACCUCCGUGGCCUCCCAAUUCAAGGCCUCUGCACGUUAUCCCGAGAUGGAUCGGAUCUGGCUUCAUAUUUGGUGUUCCCGUGGUCAGGAAAAAUCUGUCGAAGACAACUCAUUCCCGUGCUUCUCUUGCCCACGGAGAACUACAUAGGGUAAGAUCUUUUAUUGCAGAAAGGCUCAAGCUCUUCCAGCAGGCCCAUAAAGAAUUGCGUGCAAAAGAGCGCGAUUGGCACAAAGUCCGCAAGAAAACUGGUCUCAAAAUUGAUAGCUAUGUGGAUCCCGUGAUGUUGGACGUGGACCAACCAGGCAGGGUAGGCUCCAACCCUGCGAUACCCAGUAAAGUGCCCGUCCCUAGCGACUUUACGGAAUGUUCAAACUUCAAAAACAUGCUUCGGAUGAAGCGUGACAUCAAAGUGCCUUUUCUCCACAAGCGUCGUUUCUUGGAAGUUCCUCCGAGCAAUCACUUAGCCUGGUUACUGCAAUGGCAACGACAAGAUAUUACGUCUUCACGACUCUACCUCAAGCGUCUCACGCCUCGACACUCAUCUUAUCCUGUGCUUCGACACCUUCCACUCCCCUUUCGGUAUGUGAGACCUUGAGGACUGCAUAUUACUACGCUCUGCAUUGAACAGACCCCCCGGGAGAGUUCACUCAGUCCAACUUACAGAUAUUGGAGGAAUAUGGUAGUCCUAGAAGCCUCGUUCAGUCCCGCAUUCGACUACACUGGGACGGUAUCACUCUGGAUGUACGGGAGCAUACCGCGUCGUAUGAUUACAUUGUGGAGGUUGACAAAAACAUAUAUUGACAUCAACAUACUUCUGAGGUUGUAACACUGUUCACAACGAGAUCGAACGUCAUCACUGAGGACGGUAGUACUAAAGA